AUGGCACCACGCGAGACUACCACCGCAUCUGGAUCCAAUGAAACCCGAGAGGGACCAACCACCAUCUCUGCUCACGACAUGCUUGCUGAGAUCAUACGCCUUCGGGAACGGGUCCAACAGAUGGAAGAAGAACGGCAGGAACAAGCCACGACUGCGGCCACAAUUAAAAAGGACUUGGGAGAAAUCCUUAGACCCAGGGCACCAGGACCGUACGACGGAUCCCCGGGUGCGCUUCAAGGAUUCCUCACUCAACUCAGGGCUUACCACCGACAAUUCCCGACCAAAAUGGAAGAAUCCUCUGCCAAGGUACUGCACGCAGGAGGGUGUAUGACGGGAGUGGCACUCGCAUGGUUUGAACCCAUUAUGAGGGACUACCUUAACAAAGAAAAAGACGACCGCGAAGAAGAAACCAACACCAUUUUCGAAAGUUACGAUGAAUUCGAAAAAGCUAUCAAAAAGGCCUUUGGAACAGUUGACGAAGCUAGGGCUGCUGAGUACUACAUCGACGGGCUCAAGCAGAAGGGAUCGGCAUCCGAUUAUGCCGCUCGCUUCAGACAACUUGCAUCUCAGCUUGACUGGGAGGACGAACCUCUUAUGUCAGCUUUCUAUAAAGGACUUAAGGAAGAAGUCAAAGAUGAACUCUACAGGGAGAACAGACCAGACAACUUAUCGGACUACAUCGCUAUGGCGGUACGAAUCGACGACAGACAGUAUCAGCGACGCAUACAGAAGAAACAGGGUAAAGGAACCUGGAGCCCUGCCAAAGGGAAGAGUUACCAAGCCAAUCAACGCAGAAAGCGUGACGAACCUAUUGCCUAUGGUCACACUCUUAACCCUGGACGAAUGGAGCUUGACGCUACCAAGAAAGACGACAAAAAGGAAAAGAAAUGCUACAACUGCGGAAAACCAGGACAUUUCGCCAAUAAAUGCAAGAAACCCAGGAAAGAAUGGAAGCCAGUACCAGAAGGAGGUAAGAAACAACUCAAUUCUACUAACCAACAGAAAAUCGAAGUUACCGAAUCAGAGGUGGAACAUAAGAACCUCAACUGGACCUUCUGCUAUGACGACAACUGCUACGUUCACAUGAGCAGCAAACAAGAAAGAGGAUGGUUUCCAAAAGAACCAAGAAAACCAAAGAAGAAAAUUAUGAACUUCAUAGGAAACGGACUGCAAGUAGCCAAACAACUGGUACAAGAAGACCUGGACGAACAAUCAAUGGAAAAGAGAACGCUUGCAAUGACGGGACGAAAGGAACUCCAUGAACCAAAAUCGCCAGAAUAUUUGGACGAAGACUCGCACCAAGAAAUUCUCGAUUGGGUGCGACAACAAGCAGAAGCAAGGAAGAAUCGAAGGGAACAACAAUAUAGGGAGGAGCAAGACGCACAAAUCCUCACCACCUUCGACGAACCGGAAGAUAGAAACAAGCUGUACAGCGAUAUUUCCCCGCACCAACAGGAAAACAUUUCGCAAUUCCUAUUCUAG